CUGGACUCGACGUCCACAAACGAGAAGGGUUUGCUGCUGAAUUUCAAGGACCGGAAUGGGAAGCCAUGGCGGUUUCGCUACUCCUACUGGAACAGCAGCCAGAGCUACGUGAUGACCAAGGGCUGGUCCCACUUCGUCAAGGAGAAGAAGCUCGACGCCGGCGACAUCGUCUCCUUCCAGCGCGGCGUCGGCGAGCUCGCCAAGGACCGCCUCUUCAUCGACUGGCGCCGCCGCCCCGACGCCCCCGACCUGCCCCUCUCCCACCACUUCUCCUUCCACCAGCGCAACUCCUCCCUCCACCACUCCUGGAGCCCCCUCUUAAUCCCCCCGCCGCCGCCGCCGCGCGACUACUCGCAUCUCCUUCACCACCACUACCACCCCAACCACCACCCGCCCACGGGGUACGGGCCCUACGCCUACGGCAGCGUGGUGAAUGGAAACCCUUGCCCCCCGGGGUCCAUAGUGUAUCUGAGAGGAGGAGGCGGCGGCGCAGGGGCAAAGAGAGCAGAUGGUUUUUGAGUCGGUGCCGGAAUUCAAAAUUGUGGAGAGAGAGAGUGUGGGGUGUGAGAGAGAGAGGGUGGAGUGUGUGUGUGUGUGACGUGCCGAUUCCGGCUGCCACGUCAAUAUCCGGUCGCCGGAAUUCAAAAUUGUGUCAAA